UUGCCUCUUAUGGUUAUUAUCCACAAGUCUUGGUGUGGAGCUUGCAAAGCUUUAAAGCCGAAGUUUGCUGAAUCCAAGGAGAUCUCUGAACUUGCCCACAAUUUUGUUAUGGUCAACCUUGAGGAUGAUGAAGAGCCAAAGGAUGAAGCCUUUAGUCCUGAUGGAGGUUACAUUCCCAGAAUCCUUUUCAUGGACCCCAGUGGAAAAGUCCAUCCAGAAAUCAUAAAUGAGAAAGGAAACCCCAGCUACAAGUAUUUCUAUACCAAUGCCGACCAAGUUGUCCAAGGGAUGAAGGAGGCCCAGGAGAAGCUGACAGGUGAUGCUUUCAAACAAAAACACCUGGGAGAUGAACUAUAAUGAACACACUCAAUGAUGCUUUUUCCAUCACUUCAAAACUCUAAAAGGAAAUGAUUAAACAGACCAAGAAUGUAGAUGCACUGGAGGGACAUAGUUCUCCUGUCAACAAUGUUAGGUUAAACCCUAUUUGGAUUUCACACACAUGCAUCAGUUACCACGUUAUCUCCUCUGCCUGGCAGUUUGUACUGUAAUGGUUAUUUGCAACUAGGUAACAUGCAAACACAUCGAUUUUUGUGUUUGAGCAACCACUAAUAUUUGGUGUUAAAAGGGAGACGUGUAGGGCAAAACAUUCAUUUGAGGACAGUGUGAUUGGAAUAACUAGUAGCAGCCAACAUUUUGACACUUAAUCAGGGUUGGAUCCCUCUUUUCUCGCCGAUAUUAUGUUAUCCUUUUUUUUUUUUUUACUGGAAAUUCCUAUGAAUGGGGCGUGUUCCUGGGCCAGGUAUUUUCUAAACAUCCCAAAACAUGAAUUCUGCGACUAAGCCAAGUAGAAUAAAUUUCAUGAAUGUUCAAGUAGCAUGUGAAAUCAUUAGCUCUGCAAACACAUUUCUGUGCAAAACUCUGUGUGAUUCACCUUUAUUUGCCUUUGGGCAGAAAUUUUAACUUCUUCCUUGUGCACUCACCUUUUAAUUGUUUUAUCAAGUGAGGGUGGGUUACGUUGAAGCUUUACAGGGAUUCCCCUUUUAUUCUUUGAAUGUUUUUUGGCGAAUGCCUUGUCAUCACAUUGUACUGUAUUUUUGUACCAGAGUGGAAAAUUAAACCUUUUUAAACAUAA